AUGAAGUUCGGCAAGUCUGACAACGAUCAAAAGCAGCCUCAACGCUUCCCAAUCGAGGCAGCGGAAGCCUUUGAGCCGGAGGAAGAUAUUCUCCGUUCAUCGCAGCGAACUGGCUCUCCCCCCCGCAAUCUCCUUUGUCACUACCCAGAGGCUGCACCAGAGACAAGUCUCAAUCAGUUCCGUUUCCAGCUCCACCGCGAAAACGGGGUUCAGCCUGGUCUUGUUGGUUACCUCGAGAAGUAUGUCGGCGCUACACACUUGGUCUGGAGCAUGUGCGCUCUUCUUGCAGAUAGCGGCAUCGAUCCAGAUUGGAAAGAUGCAUUUGAGGUGUGGCGCCCACAGUGGAGACAGUUCGCUACGAGCUUUACAAUCCAGGGAAAUACCUCGCGCACUUUAGAUGUUCCCCCCUCGCCAGUCCGUAUUAUGUGGAUCCAGGCGCCUAACAGCCUUGAUACGUAUACGCUUUAUGCUGUUAACCACAAGGAGAAGAGGCGUGAUCAGGAUGCUCUGGAGGAUCUCUGGAGGUGGAUGCUUGACGUGCCACCCGAAGCGAUUAUUAAUGGGGUUUAUAUCAUCAAGCUUGGACUCGAGCCUUGGUUCCCUGUUCGUUGGGGUAUCAUUGCCACCGGCAUGAUAUCCUCAUGGUUUGUGCAGGAUUUGGUCCUCGACUGGCCGGAAUCCAAAGUAGAGCAUGUUGUCCAAGCUAUUGGCACUUCAAAUAUUGAAAAGGGCCAAGAAUUUGCGAAAGAAUACUGCCCGAAACAAAGCCCAAAGGUCUAUAGCUCUUAUGAAGAAGUCUAUCGGGAUGCAGACGUGGAUAUAGUAUAUAUCGGAACACCCCACGGGUUUCAUUAUCGCGAUUGCAUGGAGGCGAUCUCUGCAGGGAAGAAUGUCUUGUGCGAGAAAUCUUUUACCUUGAAUGCCAAACAAUCAAGGGAGAUAUUCAAUGCGGCGCGUGAAAAGAAUGUAUACGUGGCAGAAGCAAUGUGGCUCCGACAUCGACCACUUUUUAUCGAACUCCAGCGGUUGCUCCAUGAAGAGAAGAUCAUUGGGGAUGUCUUUCGCGUGUUCUCUGAUUUUGCGUCUGGGGUUGAUAUUGCCUCGCUUCCAUCCACAUCUCGAUACCGCAACCUCGCGUUAGGAGCAGGGUCCUUGUUGGAUAUUGGGGUGUAUUCGCUUACUUGGGCGAGAAUGGCACUAGGUGGAAGUGUACCUGAUCAGGCAGAAAUGCCGCGGAUUCUGGCCUCGCAAAGCCAUGAAGAAGGAGUCGAAGUGACCACCAGUGCAGUUUUGCAGUAUUCCUCGACUGGAAAGCAGGGCAUCGUUACUUCAACCACCAAAGCUCUCGGUGCUCCUGGUGAAGUCUUUGCUGUUAUACACGGGACCGAUGGGUAUGUUGAGAUCGAAGGUGGGACGCCAUCUGCGCCGGAAUCUUUUACUGUUUGGACGAAGCAGGAAGGAAAUCCCGAUCGUGCGUUUUUCCUGAGGGAGAUGUGUCAAGGGAAGAAAUUUGAGUUUCCGACCCUGGGGCGUGGCUUUGUUCAUGAGGCUGAACGAACAGCGCUUGAUAUCCUGGAAGGCCGGAAAGAGAGCAGGAUCAUGCCGUGGGCUGAAACACUAUAUAUGAUGGAUAUCAUGGAUGAGAUCAGACGGCAGGGUAACACAAUUUAUCCUGGAGAGUGA